AUGGCGGCAGAGGCACUAACCACCAAAGAUGUCGUCUUAUGGUGUGUCAAAAAUAAAUACACCCCAGUUAAAUCAGAUACAAUUGAAGAUGUCGUCGAGUCAGGCUUGAAGCCAGGCUAUUGUAAAUUCUGUGGUAGCGUAAGAGAUGGUCAUGAUGAAACCAUCGAUGAUAACUGUCCAAGAAGACCUAAAGGAUGGAACAGUAGGAAGCGUAACGGUGGCAUCAAUAGUACAACCAGCGUAUCCAAAUUGCUCUCUACGCUUGAACAAGGCUGGGAAGAUGUGAAAGAUUCAGAUGAUGACAUGGAUGUGGACAUUGAUAUGGAUGAAGAGCCAACCACGACAAAAGAAGAAGUGACACGUCGAAACGAUAUAUCGGAACGAGUCAAGCAUCUUACACUUGACUCGAUGGAUGUGGCGAAUGAAAGAUCGCUGGACUGGAUGUGGUCUGUCGUAGGUCAACUUCGUCUAAAAAGUGUGAUUGCCAAUGAUAUGUUAUUAGCAAAAGAUGGUAAUUUACAAGGUCCCACUUCUAGCUUUGAUUUAACUUCGGCUAUGAAUCAAAGAUUGGUGGUAGGAAACAUUCUAACUCAGGUAAAUAAUAAUCUCUCCAGUUUUCAUCGACAUCUCAUGUUAUUUAUUAUUGUUACUCUAGGCGACACGAGUGUUUCUAAAGAAACUAGUAAAUAA